GUGUUUCUCCUGACCCUUCCGCCCCUCGCGAUCUCCUCGCCAGGGGGUUAGGUUCUUGUGAUUACAAGCUAAGCUUCUCGUGUGUAAAAUUGAGCCAUUUUUGCCGUCUCCCUCACGGCAUUUCAUACACGGGCCGGGAGAAGCGGAAAAAAAAAAACACUACUCCAGCGAGCGGCGAGCGUAAACAGAUCGGGCAGCCCUCGCGAGGUUUCCGACUUGUGAAAAGGGGUGGGGCAUCGCCGUAGCUUUCAUCAAUGAUACGGGCCAACAAGUGCCCGUCAUAACGCCAUCUAGCGGAUAUGAAAUACAACGGGAGCAAGAAGUAAUCGAUAACUUGUGCCCGGGGCGAAACUUGAUAAGUUCAAGGCUGAUGUCGGCACUGCGCAACCGUUUACCGUAAUUUUGUGACCGUAGGUGAUAAUUUUUUGUUUCGAAGAACCAGUACACUGUACCGCCCUCCCGUGUCGCUCGUUAAUCCACCUUGUUAUUGAUAUCCUCUACGUUUAAGAUUCAUAAGCAAAUAUGGCGGAAUAGCGAGGAUACCUACCACCAGUGAUUGACCUAACCUGUUCUACUAUUCUGACCAGCUGAUUUUGACCUAUAAAAAAGACGCCAGAAUGUGCUGCCAACUUUACUCAGGAUGACGGCUGAGUACAACUUACCCCUGCACGUCAACUCGCAGAAUGGCGACGAUUACGUCAUCGAGGAUGGAUAUCCUCACGAUGGCGUCACACCUCCCGGGAUGGCGUGGGAUGGACAGGGAGACGGCGGAGGCAAGUUUCGCCUCAAAAGGCGCCGCAGAUGUGGACAGUGCGGUCCUUGCCAGGUGAAAGAAAACUGCAACAAGUGUCAAUACUGCAUGAGAAAGGAUGUUUUGAAACAGGCUUGUAUCUACAGGAAAUGUGUUUAUCUUCGCAAGCCGGUGCCAAGGUUUCGCCAGGAAACACCCAUUGCUGCUUCACAGAAGUCUGCACCCACACCACCCCGCAAGCCUUCGAGUACACAGGCUCCCACCAUUGUGACAAACUCUAGUAACAGUAGCAGCGCAGCUCCUCAGAAUGUAAGCAACAGCAGCAAUACAACCUCUGCCCCAGCAUCAGCCCUGUCAUCACCAGCAUCUGUCCCUUCUGUCUCUUCAUCUCACCAAUCUGAGUUAAGUUCUUGCAGGCUGAACCAGUCACCAUUUGCUGCACUGUCUGCCAUGAAUAACAGCAUGUUGGACCCAUUGAGGCACAGAAUGAUUGAACAUCAACAUCGUAGCUCAUUGUUUGACACAAUGGGCCACCAUCAUUCUGUUCUUGACCCUUCUAAGGGUAGCCUGGGAGACAUGUCAAGGUAUUCGGCUGGCCCUGGUGCAGCAUGUUUGAAUGCAGCUCACUGUAAGCUGGAUCAGGGUGCUGCCAGCAUGAACCACAACAGUGAUAUGAAUUUGGCUGCAGCUGCAGCAGCUGCUGUGUCACCUUUGAACUCCAUGAGCAGCCACCAUAGCCAUCACCAAAGUAACAAAACCUUACCUCCCAGGGACCCAUACUUUUCACCAAUGGACACGUGGAGCUCUAUGCCCUAUGGGUUACCUAGACCACAUACAUGGGCACCACCAGCCCUGCCAAACCACCCUGCAGCAGCUGCUGCUUAUGGCUUUCAACAGCACUCUACACCUUUCCCAUCAUCCUUUACUCCGUCCUCCUGCCGCCUUGGCCUGCCUGACUCCGCCUCAUCCCGCUACAGUUCUCAGCAACACAGCUUCCACCACAGCAUGGCUGGUUUCUCUCAGGAUCUGACUCAUGCCACAGCUAAUCAUGCCAAUCACAGCAGUAUGCGGUCACCCAUAAAUACACCAUUCUACCCCACUGCUCCACACAUCACCCCCUCCAGCAUUCCCAGUUUCACCAGUUUGGGUCAGUUUGCUCCAAAUCAAGCUGGCUUUGGACCGACAGCGUACCCAAUGCACCCACAUGCUCAUAUGUAUCCAGGGGGUUUCUAUUCCACUUUUCGAACCGCAACUGAACCACAGAUUUACCAUGCUCAGAUCUUCCCUAGCCAAAAUCCUUUCAAACAUUUAUUCUCUUUACUGCCAACAUUGUCCUCUAACUACAAUGCAGGAAAGGGAGAUUACUUUGAUGAUAAAGAAUUUAACCUAAAUAUUUAUAAGGAUAUUGGUAAGCUUGAUGAUUUUUUUUCAAGCAUCAGCCAUGGCCCUAAAGAAGCAAUGAAGUGUCCAGAGGGAAGAAAAGAUAGCAUUCCAUCUCCCUGCAAGGACAAAAGUCAACAGAUCAGAAGAGACUCCAGACAGGUCAUCAAUAUUGCAGAGUGUUCAAAGAAAAGAUCUAGAAGCAAUAAAACUGAAACAAAAAUGUUUGUCAACUAUAUUUCAAACAUUAAAGGCAGCCAGAAACCAUUCCAGAACAAUCUUAAAGACCAAGAAAUGUUUCAGCAGGUGAAUGAAUUGUCUUGUGUUCCUCAGUGCAAGGAAGUGGAAGAGUUUAUGUCUAGCUCACAUAGACUCUCAGAUGACAUUGACAUUAGCCCAGUUGAGAUCCACUUUCCUCAUGUAAUGAAUGAAUUGGAUUUAUCUGAUGCAAACAUGGCACUACCCCCUGAACCAUCCUCUUGUUCAUCAUCCUCCUGCCCACCUUUCACACCACUGAACUCUACCACUGCCUUCACAUCUCCCAAUCUGUGGCCUUCAUCUGCUAGUGAUCAUUCUGCUGAGCUGUUAUCCAGUGAUGGACAUGUACAUCUUUACAGGUAUAGAAGUUACAAAAAGUCCAACUGGAUAUCAAAACAGUUAUGCAGAAUCAGGAGAAAAUAUUUGUUACUAUGUAAUAGAAACCGUGCGCAGUCUAAAACCUCAAGAAGAUGUUUUGUCCAAACAGCUAAUAAUAAUAAAUUUAAAAUAAAUUAUCACCUACAAUUAAAAAGAGAAAGAUAAAAAAAAAAAAUUUAAAAAAUGUAUAAAACUUGAUAUUACCUAAAGUGAACAAAUAGCUUUAAGAGUCAAAGAAAUUAAUGUGGCCAAUCAAGUCUUUUCACUGAGUGAUUCACUCUUCACACUCUCACAGCUGCUACUAAAAAGUAUGUCACAAAGUUGGCAAGUCUUUAAACACAAGUCUUAUUGAAAACAGAUUUCAUCUGGAAACUUAUUUCAAUUUGAUAAGAACAUUUUGACUUGUGCUGUUUUCCUAAUUCCCCAAAAUGAUGCAAAUGAUAGAAAUCUAUUUUGUUUCAUUUUAUUGAUCCUUUUAGUAUUUUAAAAGUACUAAACCACAAUUACUGCCUGAAUGUUUUUAGUGAUUUUUAAGUAAUAAUUUAUUUUGAAAUAUUUUUUGUUUUGCUUCUUUGCUUACAAAGCAAUUCUAUAUUUUAUCUAUACCUCUGUGUUAGUUUUUAAUUCCAUUGACCAACAAAGUUGAAUGUUGAUAUCAGAGACUGUCCAGUUCAUUUCUAUGACAAAGUACUUCCAAACCCAGAACUAAGCAAUUUGUUGACAAAGAUGUUUAAUAAUUUUUGUUUUAUUUUAUUUGUUUAACUUAACAAAAAGAAAAUUGUGAUUUUACUUUUCUGUUGUUUUUGUUUCCAAUGUUAUUUUUGUUUCAUAAACUUGUUUUUUUUAUGACAUAAAUCCUUCAUGCGCUGUUUUUUUUAAUAGAUGAACGGGUUCACACCAUAUCUCCCUUUAUUUAAUAGCCUUACACUAUAUUGACCUAUGUCAGCUGCUAAUAUUUAAACAAGUAUUUAUAUUCACAGACUAAUUUUUUAAUCUUGUUUUUUUUUUUAUAAACCGCUUCUUGUUGCUUUUUAUUUUUGAUGGAGUUUUGUUUGAAAAGAUUUUAUUGUGAAUUUGAACAUUAAAAAAGCCUGCUCAUACAUGUGACAUGUGUAUCAUGAUCUAUAUACUACAAAUUAUGUCUAGAUUACAUCUACACUAUUGAUAUAUUAUGCUCUCAGUGUCAAUGGCAUGCAGAACAUCUCAGGGUCAGCUUCCUCUCCCUCGCCCACAGAUCAGAUUUGUACAGAAACAAAGGUCUUUGAAAAGAAAUGUUGCUAUUUGAAGAGUUACCAUUUGAAUUGAAUUACAUACAUGCAACAGUGAACCCAUUGCAUUCAAAGUCCCGAAUGUAUUUAUGCUUUCAUAGGUAGUAAGGAUUCCCCUGUAAACUAAACAAUAUCAAGAGCACUCAAUUAACUUCAAUGUUGUCAAAUAAAUACAAAGAAAAUUGAGCUACUUUUAGAAACUUGCAGUCUGCAGUGCUCAAAAGUACAGACACAAAACUGAUCCUAGAACUUUCGACCAAAAAAAAACCUAUCAACAUUUCUGUGCUUCAGUCCCCACUGGAUAUAGCUAAUACCUCCCACCAUAUCUGACAAUCUUCAAUACAACAGUGCAUCCAAAGUAAGCAUUUUGUAUUUGUGUCUAUAAAAGCCUUGGUCCUAUCAUAUUGAAAGGGCAUCCAGUACACCUUCCUAGAAGCCUUAGGACCCUGAACCUUGACCCUUCUGCAUGCCACUGCUAAGUGCUUUGGUUAUUGUUGUUCAUGCCAAGAAACAAAUCUUGAAAGAUUCUCUCUUUAUAUCUUGUUCUCAGGUAGUUCCUCAAAGACUUUCUUCUUCACCUGUUUCAGUUUUACAUCUAUUUACUAUUUAUACAUACGAUGAAAGAUUCUUUUUUUAAAAUGUUAUUAUUAUUCAUGUGUACAUCUAUAUACAUUGAAAGGAUUUUUUGUAUAUAAACAAUAUUUCAAAUGACAUUCAGAAAGUGAUUUCAGACUUGUUUGGUGACUUUUAUGGAUGUCUUUUAUUUUUUGAUUUAGUAAAAUAAUUUGUAAUACAUUUGUGUUUAUGAGCUUUGGUGUGAAUGUUGACAUUGUUUAAGUACAUUAGUUGUUGUUGAAUAAAUGUUAUUGAAUGCUGAUCAUCCUAAUUGGCUUCAAGGAGUGUACUUAUGAUAUCAAUAAAAUAUCAGUUGACUUAUCGAAUCUGAAUUUUGGAAUUAACAGAUGUCAUUUAUUAGGAUUUAUCAGGUUUUUUGCUAAAUAUUUGAUACUUAUUUAGACUAACCAGCGUGAUGUGUGAGUUCUUGUAAUGGACACAACCAAUCUUAUCUUAUCUUAUAUAAUACAAAUAAAUUAGAGGACACAAUGCUGCCAUUGUCCUCUUUCAUUGCUUUUGUGUAGUUUGGACAAACUUAUAUAGGUUAGGGUUCUCAAACUUGUCAGUAUCUUGAAUCAUUACUCAAUUUUAAUCAACAAUUUGUUUGUAUGAAUUGUUUGAAUCUGAGUAAAAAAAAGUAUUGAUCUGUGGCAAGUGAUGCUUAUUGCUUCAUUUUUCACAAGAUCUUUCUGAACAGUUGUACUCUGCUCAAUAGUUGAUGUAUGUUCAAAUGGUCCCGUUGAAGAUGUCAGGUGACAUCCCAGGAGACAGGUUUUACCUAGUGCAAAGUUUAUUUUGAAAGCAUGUUCUGAGCCUGACAUCAUUAUAUACUUCAAUCAAUGAAAAUCUCUUCUGAGUAGCUUGAAUGUUUUCCUCAGUGUCUGAUGAUUGUAAAGUGUCUCCAAGUUGAACACCUGUGCCUUACUUGUUCUAGUAGUCUGAUUGUAGUGCUGUGCUAUUGACACUAACUGUCUGCAAUUUGUGAUGUGAGAAGGAUGAACAAUUGGCUUAGUCAAAAUGAAAUGUUUGUGUUAAAAAACAAUUGUGUUGUGGAGUUCAAGAAUUCUGAGGGGACAAGACUAAAGAAUGGGACCAGUGAGUCCACAGGUGUGGGAGAUAAUCCAGUUCCUGACUUUUCUCACUUUAAUCAACAACCACUUUACUGUCUGCACAUUGGAUCUGUCAACAUAGUGUCUGGCCUCUGGUUCUCUCUUUUAUUUGUUUCUAAACAAAAAACUAAGAGCUUGUUUUCCAUCUGCAAUCAUUGAACAGACUAUAGAAAUAGUAAGAAAUCAAUUCUAUGUAGAAUAGUCACAAUUGGUUUUAUUAUUGGCUGUGUCAAGACAUUUGCCAGAUUUAUAGAAAAUACAAACCAAAACUUUUUUCUUCCAUAUCAAACCAAGAGCUAAUAGUAGUAAUAAAGCUAAUAAUAUUUGGCAACAUGUAGACCUACUGUCCUAAUAGAAAAUUUUAUUUUAUUGUUAUUAUUUUUUACAAAGUAAAAGUGAUUAAUGAAAUAAUUUCUUUUGGUCUCUGUUACCUGAAAAAAUGUAUUUUUGUAUCUGAGUACUUAUGCACUAGUACUAAAUGUUGGUAGAUUUAUUUUUUAGUUUGUGAAAAUAUAUUUUUUUCUAAUGUGUUUUAAAACAUAGGCAUAUUACUCUCUUUGUUUCAAAGUCUUUCUCAACAAUAAACAUUUUUGUCUUGGAACUUUUUACAGUUCCUGUUCUUUUAUAGAUUUGUACAAUCUUUGAUUUUUUUUUUCUAAGCUUACAACUUCUGAUAUGAGCUUGUACUGUGUGUGUUAGAUGUUAAAACAAAAAAAAAAAACAUAAGCCCUCAGGCCUUAACCUUUUAUAUUGUUUUUCUGUUCAUGAACAUUUCUCUGAUUGUAUACACUUGUGCAUGAUUUAUUCAACUUGAUCUGAUAGUAAUGUCUCUCCAUUCCCCCAUCAGGACCAAUACUUUGUCCAUUGUUCUUCGAACUUCUAGUUGUCACUAUUUUUUUUUAACAAAAUAAAAAAGUUAAACUGCUGCCAAAUAAUUUCUAAAAUUUUCAAGGAAAAAGAAUAAAAUGACCAGAGUUUCUGAUAUGAAAUAUUUAUGUAAAUAUUUGUCUCAACUCUAAACAAUAAAAUAUUUCUUUUGGAAAGCAAUAUUAAAGAAAAAAAGAAGCCUAACCUAUACAAUUGUGUGUGUGAGUGAAUCAGUUCAACAAGUCACAUGUCUUUGUUCAACUCGUCCACUCCCAUGUCUCAUUCAACUCCAGUCUCCAAUCAAUAAUAUAUCAACAAGCUGUAGUGUCAUUUUAUCCCCACAUUUUCUAUUGUUUGUUUUCUUCAUUAAGUUUUUUUCCUCUCUCUCCUUGAUAAAGCCAUUAGCCAAUGAAAGGUCUUACAAUUGGGCGUUGACCAAGCAGUUGAAUUACCUGACCAAGGAAAAAUCAAUAUUUUAUUUCCAAGUUGCCUGGCUCCACCAGUGUUGUUCCAGUAUGUGUGUGUGUGUGUGUCUCAUUGUUCAGUGCAGAACAAAGAGAGAGCCCAGGGUGGAUGACAAAGAGAUAGUAUCAUUGCCAGUAUUUUUAGACAUCACUACUUCAAGCUAAACAUGUUUUUACAUUUUUGGUUUGAUUUCUCAGAUAGAAAUAUAGCAUUUGUCCUGGCCAGAACUCUUUGUUCACUACCAUCUCUUGGAAAGAAAAGUUUUAGCUGGAAAAUUUCAAAUAUUAAACAAAUCUCUCCAUUUUAGAUGAUGAGGUUGCCGAGUUUUUAGAAUGAUUGAAAAAAAAAACAA